AUGCAGAACUCAAUCUCGUCCGCCAUCAACACCCGAUUCCGCCAACUAACGCUCAACACCCCCUCUCUCUGGACACACAUCACCCUCCCUCUCCCGCUCGACAUCUUCAGCCUCUUCGUUGCCCGUGCCCAACCGCACAAACUAGAUCUCACGAUCCACCCCGGCGAGAUCCCGCUCUCCGCCCUCCUCGCCCUCAGGCAACAUCUCCAGUCACACUCUGUUCUCUCCCUCUGUCAAAGUCUUACAGUCACGAAAUGCGCGCAUUUCCUUCUUCCGGAAAUUCUUGCCCUCCCUUGGCCCCUGCGUGCGCUGGAUAUCGAGCUCUGCGCAUUUGAUGAUGAUUACGACUGUCCUGCACCGCCGUACGACGACGAGUGGUGUGUUGACCUCCUCCGCGGGCGGGGAGAAGAACUGCACGAUCUCAGGCUUUUGGACGUACCCUUCAACUGGACCCGGCUGGCCCUCCGAGACUUGCAUAUCCUCCACCUCACAUUCCCGAGCGCGACAUGGGCUGUCGUCUUACCCAGUAUCCAGCAGUUCCUGGAUACGCUCUCCUCCCUCCCCUUGCUCACCCAGUUAAUGUUAGACAACCUCAAGUUCGAGGAGACAGUGAACGGGACGCAUGUCCCUUUCCACACUAAACGCGCAAUAGUGCACCUCCCUGCGCUAAGGAACGUCUCCCUCUGCGGACCGACACUACACCACCUCCGGCUCUUCCUUCCCUUCCUCCGCCCCUCCCCCAGCUGCGCGCUCCACCUCCUCACAGCGAGGACACACAUCGCCUCAGACCUCUUUGUCCCCCUCGCCCCCACCUUCUUCGGCCGUAUCACCCACCUCUCCCUGUGUGGAAUAGGCGACCAGACACCGGCGAGCGCCGCCCAGGUCGUCUUCGCAGAACAUGACUUCUUCGUCUUAGGAGAAGAGGUGAUCCUCCGCUCAGUACGGCAGAUGCCCCAGCUCAAGUGGCUCACAGUGGACCUGCUCAGGCUACCGGACUCGCUCUUCCGCCAGCUCUCUAGACCCGCGGGCACCGACCCCCCAGCACCGGGAUUAGAGGGUAUCCGGAUCCUCCGCUCGCACGGGUUUGGCGCUGAUCAGUUGGGAAGGAUGAUUUUGAGUCGGAGGGGGAUGAGGUAUGUGUCUGUGGAGAUGUGCCCUGAGGUUGGGGAGAUCCCGCUUUGGGAGGGGGUGAGUAGGGAGUGGCCCUUGGCGGAGGAGGAGGACGAUUGGUAG